UCUGGAAACAGUCUUUACCACAUCAUAUAAAUGGUAUAGUGAAAUCCAUCUUUACCACAUCAUAAUGGCACUGGUAGUGAAUUCAAGAGGAAUUCCAGUCUUCAAAUAUUUGUUCCAGCAGGAAUCCUCUUCAGUGCUUCAUCAGUGGAGAAGUUGUUCGAAUUCUGAGAGUAGAUCUAGAUCAUGUAAUCGACUUCGGAGAACGGGAACGCUCUAUGUGCAUUGGCCUUAUUGCGCUCAGUUGUGUACCUACUGCAACUUCAACAAGUACAAGAACACACACUCUAUGGACAAGGAACACAUGUUUUCAUGUCUGGUAAAGGAGUUUCAGUCUGUGUUAAGCAGGUCCUCUGUUACUGAUUUCACCUCAAUCUACUUCGGAGGAGGUACUCCCAGUCUAGCCGGUCCCGGGUUAGUGGAGGCUGUGUUGAGAGCUGUGUCUGAACAUUCUCAGUUGGAAAGUGGGGCUGAAGUGUGCCUAGAGGCUAAUCCAUCAUCGGCAAAACUAGCACAGCUAAGAGACUUUAAAUUAGCUGGUGUCACGCGCUUAUCAUUGGGAAUUCAGUCCCUGGAUGACACUGAUCUUAAACUUAUGAACAGAGAUCACUCCAGUGAAGAAGGGACAAGGUGGACCUUCAUGAUAAAAUUAAUGAUCUCUCUGACGUGUCUGAUUUUCCAUUAUGAUUCGAGAUUUUUCUACAGAGCUUUGAAGGAUGCCAUAUCCAUCUUUCCUGGAAGUGUUAACACUGACGUCAUCUUUGGUAGACCUGGACAGAGCCUACAAAAAUGGAAAGAGGAGCUCAGUGAUGUGAAUGGGAUGGUUGACAAUCAUGUCUCCCUAUACCAGCUCACCGUAGAGAAAGGGACACCAUUGGCCAAAUCUGUUCUUAGUGGAGAGCAGAGUAUGCCGAACGAGGACACAGUAGCUGAUAUGUAUGAGCAUGCAGUCCAAAGUUUAGAGGAGGCUGGUUUACGGAGAUACGAAGUUUCAAACUUUGCUAAAGAAGGAUUUGAAAGUCGUCAUAAUAUGUCGUAUUGGACAGGUUGUGACUACAUUGGAAUUGGUCCCGGUGCACAUUCAAGGUACUUCGAAAAAGCUUCCGAUUCUUACAGUCACUAUAUUCAUACUGUGAAUGCGUUGGAGCCAAAAUCAUGGGCUGCAAGAGUUCUUGAUGUAGGAGAUGGUGUGUUGUUGAGGAAGCACCUAACUAAUAAUCGACGGCUGGAAGAAGUGAUAGCAACAUGUUUGCGAACUACAGAGGGUCUGAGCAAUGAGAUAUGGAGUCAGUUCUCAGCCGAACCGUUACAACUGAAAAUAAAGAAUAUGAACGAUGAUAAAUUGACUACUCUUCUACAAGCAAAGUUUCUAAAUCUUGAUUCAAGUGGUCUCAGGACUACGAGCACAGGGCUUAUUGUACUGGACACAUUACUUCCAGACAUUGUGUCAGCUCUGGGAAACAAACGUACGACAUAGUCAGUUCCCAAAUAAUACAGUUUAUUACAAUAAUUAUACUGUUAGACUAUUAUCUUCUUAUUGACUACCUUAAUGUCUAAUAUAGACGGGUAGUAAUUUUAGCGUUUUCAGAUCUGUUUUUAGGGUACUAAUUUUGGCGGAUUUGUAGCAAAUUCAUUACCACAAUAAUAUAUUAUUAGUCAAAA